AUGGUGAUUGCCCCCAAUGGGGACCAAGGAAAGAUUCAGCUCCUGACUCGCGCUCAAGUUCAGUCAUGGGCUGACACCAGCCCCUUCAUCCUAUCCGGUUAUCGACCGGAGCGUCGCUCAUGGGUCUACUGGCUCGCCAGCUGGGCCUACUGCCACAAUGAGAGCGCCAAUAUAUACUCGCACCUGUCUAUUGGGAUCUGCGCGGCAUUGAUGGACUAUGAUUCCGCUGCAGAUGACUACGGCUAUUCUAUCUGGACUAUGUCGGAAUCCUGGUUGGAUUCUUGGAACUUCAUCUGUGGGUUGCAUUUCGGUUUCUACUGCGACAUCGCUCUCAGAAAUCUGUAUUGGUCAUUGAUUGCUGCCUUUAGCGCCUUGACUGGCCUCGUUCUACGCAGCCCUUGGUUUCAGUUUCCUGAAUGGAGCAACCUGCGACUUGCUAGCUGCAUCAGUACAGGUCUGUCUGCUUUAGCUCCCAUAGGCCACACAUGGUAUCUCUGGGGAACUUUCCACUUGGUCGGUGUGGGUGUUCCAUAUUAUCUGCUUGAGGGGGGCAUUCCUGCUGGCAGGUUGCUACUUAGACAAGUGCCCGAGUCUUGGUAUCCUGGCAGAUUUGGUACUUGGGGGCAAUCCCACAUCUGGUGGCAUAUCUUCAUUGUUGCACACAUUGUUAGACUGCUGAAAGCCUUGGAAUAUGAGAAAGCGUAUCAACGCGAAACAUUUAUCGAAGUUCUAGCUCAGCUCGCUCCAAUGCUGCAAUAUAUUGAGAAGCUCGGGUUAGAAAUGUCUUCACGGAGCCCGCGUUGUCGGCGUGUUACUGAGAAGCCACGGUCUUUCUGUGGGGUUGAAUUCAGGAAGAGCAUCCAGGAUGUCUCAACUGCUUUGGUUCAAGCGAAUGCAAUAAUCGGUUCCUGUCCUAACGAGAUGACCGCUGAUUUGCUGGAUGAUAUCGAGCGGUCAUUGUUCUUUUAG